UUCCUCAGUGGGUCCAUAAAAGGAUUCUUGUUCAAAAGAAGUCACAAUUAUAGAGAAAGAUGUCAUUUUUGAUGGCAUAAAGGGAAAAAUAUCAAAAUUUUGAUGCUUCUCCUCAGUUUCAUUUCACAGAUUCAAAUCAAAAUCAAAUUUGUGGACCUCUUUUGAUUGCUUCCUAUCCGUCGCUCAUAAAUUCCCGUUUCCAAUGAUGUCGUCCACCAAUUCCUUCACAUUCCCUCACUCCCCCCGAAUCUCUUCAAUCAUUGUAGGUCACAACACCAAAACCCUAACAACAGUUCUUCAAAAUGUCUCUCACAAUUAAGCUGCGAAUCGCUCCCACCAUUUCACAUUUCGACCUCAAUCGCAAAACCCAGAAAAAUCCCAUCAUUUCACGAACACCCAUUUACCAUUCCAACAAAUUAUCCACUUCCCUCUUGUUUCGUACCAAAAAGAUGGCGGCGUCUCAUGUAGUCAAGAGUUCUCUGAUCGAACCAGACGGCGGCGUUCUGAUUGAUCUGGUUGUUCCAGAAAAUCAAAGGGAAUUGAAAGCUUCACAGGCGGAGGGAAUGGAGAAAGUGCAGUUAACGAAGAUUGAUUUGGAGUGGGUGCAUGUGAUUAGCGAAGGAUGGGCGAGUCCAUUGAAAGGUUUCAUGAGAGAAGAUGAGUAUUUGCAAAGUUUGCAUUUUAAUUCAUUGAGGAUGAAGAACGAUGAUGGGUAUGGGAGUAUAGUGAAUAUGUCUUUACCUAUUGUUUUGGCCAUUGAUGAUGCGACUAAAGAGAAGAUUGGUGGUGCUAAUGAUGUGGCUUUGGUUGGGCCUGAUCAGAAGAUAGUUGCCAUUCUAAGAAGCAUUGAGAUAUACAAACACAACAAAGAAGAACGAAUUGCAAGAACAUGGGGAACCAUUGCUCCCGGAUUACCAUAUGUUGAGGAAGUAAUAACUCCAAGUGGCAAUUGGCUCAUUGGUGGAGAUUUAGAAGUAUUAUCACCUAUUAAAUACAAUGAUGGUCUUGAUAGUUACAGACUUUCUCCUAAACAACUUAGGAAAGAAUUCGACAGACGUCAGGCGGAUGCAGUGUUUGCUUUUCAACUAAGGAAUCCAGUGCAUAAUGGGCAUGCAUUGUUGAUGAAUGACACACGUAGGAGACUUUUAGAUAUGGGAUACAAGAAUCCUAUUCUUUUGCUUCAUCCUUUAGGGGGAUACACAAAAGCCGAUGAUGUGCCACUUGAUGUUCGUAUGGAACAACAUAGCAAGGUGUUAGAAGAUGGAGUGCUUGACCCUGAGACAACGAUUGUAUCUAUAUUCCCAUCUCCAAUGCAUUAUGCGGGUCCCACAGAAGUACAAUGGCAUGCUAAGGCAAGAAUAAACGCGGGUGCUAAUUUCUACAUUGUGGGCCGUGAUCCAGCUGGCAUGGGUCACCCAACCGAAAAACGGGACUUGUAUGAUCCGGAUCAUGGUAAAAAAGUCUUGAGCAUGGCUCCUGGCUUAGAGAAGUUGAACAUUUUGCCAUUUAGGGUGGCAGCAUACGACACAGUAGCUAAACAAAUGGCUUUUUUCGAUCCUUCACGUGCUAAAGAUUUUCUUUUCAUCUCUGGGACCAAGAUGAGAACUUUUGCAAGAACAGGAGAAAGCCCUCCAAAUGGUUUUAUGUGUCCUGGAGGAUGGGAAGUUCUUGUCAAAUACUAUGCUUCUUUGCAAACAGAAGAAGCUAAAGCCACAGUGUCUGCUUAGAAAUCGCAUAUGCUAAUUUCCCUCUUACAAACGAAUUCACUUAACAAUUUUGAGUUGUAUUUUUUUUUUUUUGACUUUUGUGAUGAUUGUUCUUUAGUAUCCCUUGAUUAAGUUGUAUUAAUUCGUUUUUUUGAAAUGACCUAAAGGAUAUUGGUGC